CAUUUAGAUACAUUUGUAUGAAGGGGUCAACUCCCUUCUUUUACAAAUUAGAUUUCCAGCCAUUCAGGGUUUAUCAAUCUCUGUGGCUACUGCAAUUAAUAAAGGGAAAAGUAUCUUGGGGAUCUUGUGAUUGUGGGCACAACUUCUAAAAGAGAAAGCUCUGCUUACUGCAUUCCUAGGCCAGCUCACUUUCCGAUGUUGUAUUCCCAGUGAAAUGAACUUUCUCCUAGAAGAGUCUUGAAGGACAGCUAGGGAUUAGGAAUAUGUAUAGUUUAACAAUCCAAACGAGACUAAGAGGCUGAGCCCUGCCUAGAGCUCUUUCCCCAGGUUUCCUCAUAUUGCCAGUUGGCCAGGAGUAAGGAAGGUGGAUAUGACCAAGAUCCCUCUUUCCACGAGGGGAGGGAAGGAGAUGGGGAAACCCCCAUCUAGAAAUUUCACUUCCUCUUUAGGCUUGGAUACUCACGACGCAAUACCAGGUCUCACUCGCAUUGGUUAUUACAGGAGUCAACCAGCGUUUCAGCGGUUCCAGUUCCCAUGCACUUGUCAGGACUUUCCCCAGUCUUGAAGAUGGGGGUGAUGGCGCCACGGACACUCCUUCCCCUGCUGCUCUUGGGAACCCUAGGUGUGACCGAGACCUGGGCUGGCUCACGCUCCCACUCCCUGCGGUAUUUCGACACGCUGGUGUCCCGGCCCGGCCGCGGGGAGCCGCACUUCACCCUCGUCGGCUACGUGGACGACACGCCGUUCGUGCGCUUCGACAGCGACGCCGCGAGUCCGACGAUGGAGCCGCGGGCGCCGUGGAUGCACCUGGAGCCGCGCGAGUACCGGGAGCAGCAGACGCGGAACGUCCGGAGGCACGCGCAGACCUUCCGGAUUCAGCUGCGGACCCUGCUGGGCUACUACAACCAGAGCCGGGACCGCUCUCACACCUACCAGAGGAUCUGCGGCUGCGACGUGGGACCCGACGGACGCUUCCUUCGCGGGUACCGAACCGAUGCCUACGAUGGCGAGGAUUUCAUCUCUUUGAACGAAGACUUGAACACCUGGACCGCUUCGGACACCGUGGCUCAGAUCACCCGGCGCAAGUGGGAGGCAACAGGUGAAACUGAACAAGAGAGAGCCUACCUGGAGAAGGAGUGCGUGAAGAGGCUCCUGAGAUACCUGGAGAAUGGGAAGGAGGCGCUAAAGCGCGCAGAGCCCACCUCUAAGCUCUUCAUCCUCAGCAUGGGAACUGCCAUUUUCCUGAUUCCCUUUGGAGUUGUGGCAGCUGCUAUAAUGUAUAUGAGGAAGAAAGCAGGUACUGACAGUGCCCAGGGCUCAAAUGAAUCUCUUACAGCAAAAAGUACUAAAGAGCUGCCUGUGUGGGACUGAGUGACACAUGAUAAGUGCAUGUCUCUCUGUGGUAACUUGAAAAUUCCUGGAUUGCCAGGCACCAGUGGCUCAUGCCUGUAAUCCUAGUCACUCAGGAGGCUGAGAUCUGAGGA